AUGGCAGAACUCAGAGCAACAAUGCUGCAAAGAAUUGCUCUUACCAUAAUCAAUCUUUCUCUAAUUACUGCAAGCUGCUGUGAAGGUAAGUGAAUUAAAGUGACCUCAGCCAUGUUUCCAUUUACUUACAACUUCCACGUGCCGUCUGUCUACUUUUCUACCUACCUAUCGUUUAUUCCCACUGUUGUCAUCACUACUUUUUGCAGACGAAUGUUUUGUGUCAUGGAAUGUUCAUAUUGGUAAUAUUUAGUGUUUUACUAUCAUACCCAGAAGAGUUGCAGUGUAUUCCCUACUGAAAUGUAAUUCUUCAAAUUAUUAUUUAGAAUGCAGUAUUUCAUGGUAUAGAGAAUUACAACUUUCUUAAUUGCAUAACAAUUUUCCUAUAAUACACUUACAAGUACAGUUUCUCACACAGAUGACUCAUUAUUUGACUACAAAGCUUUGUUGUUUUGUAAAAUUAUGAUUCAUUUGUGAUAUAUAUAGUUUUUUAAGAUAUAUAUUUUUUUUUAUUUUUUUUUUGUGACAGUUCCAAAUGUGGCUCUUUUUCUUUGGUUUUUACUACCUGUGAAAUGUCUAAUUUCUUUUGCAAGGAUCACCAAUAGAUUUGUUACAUAGUUACAUCGGCUGAAAAGAGACAUGUGUCUAUCAAGUUCAGCCUUUCUCACAUUUGUCUUUUGCUGUUGAUCCAAAAGAAUGGGGGAAAAAACCCAGUUUAAAUCACUUCCAAUUUUGCAACAAACUAGGAAAAAAUCCCUAUACACAUGGCAGUCAGAUAUCUCCUUGGAUCAAGAAGCUUUUAUCCCACAGUUUAAAAAUUAUAUCCUUGAAUAUUGUGUUUUUGCAGGUAUGCAUCCAGUUGCUGUUUAAACAUCUGUUCAGAAUCUGAUAAACACUUCUUCAGGCAGAGAAUUCCAUCUCCGUAUUGUUCUUACUGUAAACAAAAAAAAAACUUCCUUUGCCUUAGAGUAAAUCUGCUUUCUUCCAGUUUGAACGUGUUACCUUGUGUCCUAUGUAUAGUCCUGGGUGUGAAUAGGUUUCCAGACAAUGGUUUGUAUUGGCCCUGGAUAUAUUUAUAUAAUGCUAUCAUAUCCUUUCUGAUGCGCCGUUUUUCUAAACUAAGUCUAAUUUUGUUAACCUUUCUUCAUAAGUAAAAUAUUUCAUUCAUAUUUUUAAUUUUGUAGCCCAUCUCUGCACUUUUUCUAGUGCCAUAAUAUCUUUCUUUAAAAACAGGUUCCCAAAAUUGAACAGCAUAUUAAAGAUGUGGUCUUACAAUUCACACAUCCUUUUUGUGUGUUUUUAUCCCUAAUUCACUACUAUUUACGGUGUAAGUUGCUUGUGCAUUUUUUACCCCCAAGUGCAUAACUUUGCAUUUUCUACAUUAAAUUUCAUCUGCCAUUUGAGUGCCCAGUCCCCUAAUUGAUCUAAAUCCCUCUGCAGCAAAGUAAUAUCUUGCUCACACAGAGUUUUGUGUCAUCUGCAAACACUGAUCUAUGACUUUCAAUGCUUAGUUCAAGACUAUUUAUAAAUAUAUUUAAUAGAAGUGGUCCCACAACAGAACCCUAAGGGAUGCCACUAACUACUUUUGUCCAGCUUGAAAAUGUACCAUUAAUCACAACUCUAUGUACUCACAUUUAGGGCAAUGUUCUAUCUAAGAACAAGAAUUUUCAUCUAGACCAAUUUCAUUGAGUUUGAACAUUGAUCCGGUUCCACACAAUAGGUUAAACGCCUUGGCAAAAUCCAAAUAGAUCACAUCCACUGCAACCCUGAUCUAUACUUCUACUUAUUUCUUAAUAGAAUGCAAUUAAGGUAGUUUGACAUGACCUUUGAGCACAAUUUCUUUAGAAAAUGUUAUUCAGUUUGGGACCACCAACACUCAUUCAUUUGACAGUUUGGCUCAUCUAAAUAUCGUCCAUAAAAAAAAAAUAUCCAGGAGAAUAAUUUGGACUAACCAAAUAGGACACGAAAAUGGCCCAGUGUACUGCAAAAUAUAUACAUAAUGUUAUUUAUUAUUUUUGUUAUAUAAUAUAAUAAAGUUAAAUAAAUAGAAUUGGGUAUAAUUAAAUAUAUUACAAUUUAUUCCCCUCUCCCUGCUUCUUACCUUGGGCCAAAAAAGGUGGGGUGGGGGGAGGGAAACAGGUUCGUAGUUCAGUGGUGAGAGACUGCAGAUUUAGUAUGAUCUUCUCUUGAGCUCUGGCACUGUGUAGUAUAAAAGCUGUGAAUGGCCCAGGCUUGCAGAAUAGCACCUCCACUGAGCAGUCAGACUAGAGUAUCCAGGCCCCCCUCCAACAAACUAAGCCUGCACUGGAUUGUCAAGGUAGAUGUUUAAUCUUUCCAUUGGGUCUGCCCAUGGCUUUAUAAAUACAUAUCAGGACAUAAUAACAAUCACCUGUUCCUGAUCAGGUCUUAAAAUUAGGUAAAUACAACCCCAGAAGAACAACAACUCGUGACAGAUUACACAGUGUAAUUUUUGUAUUUUUUUUUUUUUUUUUAUGGAAAAGUCUGGUGUGAAAAACUAAGUACACUCUUACUGCUUCCAUAGGAUUUAAGUGGCUAAGUAGCAGACAGGUGCUGGUAAGCAAAUGCCCUUGAUUAAUUGACCACCAGCAAGUGUGACCACCUCUAUAAAAGUCAAAGUUUUAGCAGUUUGCUGGUCUGGAGCAUUCAGGUGUGUGUUAACAGAAUGCCAAGGAGGAACAACAUCAGAAAUGAUCUUCGAGUAGCAAUUUUUGCUGGUCAUCAAAGUGAGAAGAGUUUUAAGUCAAUUUCCAAACAAUUUAAAGUUCAUCAUUCAAAAGUGGAAAACAUUCAAGACCAGUUCCCAAUACUCCCAAGAGUGGGCAUCCCAGCUAAUUCACCCAAAGGCCAGAUCGUGCAACGCUCAGAGAGAUUGCAAAAAAAGCCAAGAUACAUCUCAGGCCUUAGUUAGCAUGUUAAAUGUUAAAGUUCAUGGCAGUACAGUUAGAAAAACACUGUACAAGUAUGGUUUGUUUGGAAGGGUUGACAGGAGAAACCACAAGACUUUUGGAACAGUGUCCUUUGGACAGACGGGACCAAAGUGGAGAUUUAUAAUGUACUGCACCACGUUUGGCAAAAACCAAACAUAGCAUAUCAGCACACACACCUCAUACCAGCUGUCAAGCAUGGUGGUGGAGGAGUAAUGAUUUGGGCUUGUUUUGCAGCCACAGGAUCUGGGAACCUUGCAGUCAUUGGGUUGACCAUAAAAGUUUGACUGAAAUUGGGUUAUUUAACAGGACAAUAAUCUCAAGCACACCAGCAAAUCUACACCAGAAUGGCUGAAAAAUACCCAUAUUACACAUACAAAUAUGAAAACGUUUGGGUUAUGCAACUGGAAUCGUUAACCCCUUAAGGACAGAGCUUCAGAAGCUUGUCUUUCACUUAAUGACAACAGCAUUUUUUGCAUUUUUUGAGUUUACGUUAAACUGCAAUUUGCAUUUUACAAAUUUAUUGCACCGACACAUAUUAUAUACCGUUUGCUAAAUAUUGGAGUAAAAUUGUGUUUUUUGUUUUUUUGUUUUUGGCACACAAACUUAUAACAAAGAAAUUCUCAUGUGUAUUUUGUAAAGUUGGUGUGUGCUAUUCCUGUACAAAGUUUUAUUUUGUGUUCAGUUACAUCUGCUGAGUAAUAUGACAACCCCAUUGUAUGUCUUUGGCACUAUUUCGUGAAGUUACAGUGCCAUAUAGGAUACCUGUCCUUUUCAGUAUUCACAGUAGAAUUUUGAGAGACGGAUUUAAUGAGCCUUUGCUUCCAUUUGGGGGAUUAUAGUAGUUUGACUGUUCAAAAAACCCCACAAAGGCCUACCAUUUGUAAAAUUAGACACUCCAGGGUAUCUCAUAAGGUGCAUAUUGUGCCUUAACAUGCCCCAAUUUUUUCACCAAUAUAUGCCAAAGUAUGUGGUAAAAAAAAAAUUUGUGCAUUUUUUACAUACAGACUGCAUUUUUGCUGGGCAUUUUGUAUAUUUCAUAUGUGCCACUAAGUUCAAACCCCCCAAAUUAUGCUCAGCUAAGUCUUCUGAGUAAAAAGACCCCCCUAAUGAAUGUCUUUGGCCCUAUUUCGUGAAGCUACAGUGCCAUAUAGGAGACCAAGCCAUAUCAGUUUUUACCAAACUUUGAAUUUUGACGCUGGGCCUAUGUGCAAUUUCCAAGCAUCUUCGCAGGUUUUAAAUUCAAACUACCCCACAAAGGCCUACCAUUUCUUAAAGUAAACACCCCAGGGUAUUUCAAAAGAUAUAUUUUGAACCUUAGCGUGGGACCAUUUUUCCGCUAGCUUGUACCAGGUCAAGUGGUAAUAAGCAUUUUUCUGCCUUUUUGACGCACAAAGUGAGUUUGCACAGUAUAUUUUGCCAACCUUAUGUGUGCUACCACUGUAUAAUACUUCAUAUGUUGCUCAGCUAUGUUGGCUGAGUACAGCAAUACCCCCGUACAGGGCUGCCAUCAGAAAUGUUGGGGCCCCUGACACAGCUCAAGGUCUGGGCCCCCCAGUGCCUGCACCUGAGUCCGCCCAAAGUGCUGCCCCUCCCGAAUACGCCCACAGGGAUGCAGUGUCUGCAGGGCCGGUGCAAGGAUUUUUGCCACCCUAGGCAAAAGUAAAGUCUGCCGCCCCCCCAUGUGACAUCACAAUGCCCCACCCAUCUGAUCUGCCAUGUUAACUAACACCAGUGCUGCAGUGCCGCCGUGUUUACAUUAAAAGGCCUGCAGGGACAGGCUAGACACCAGAACCACUACGUUAAGCUGCAGUGGUUCUGGGGACUAUAGUGUCCCUUUAAUGUGAGGUAAAUUAGAGAUUAGUGCCACGAAUAAUAUAUUAGAUUGCCUACUUACAACCAGAUGAGGAUGAUGAUGGGCUCUAGCUGCCGUCUGGCUCCACUGGUCUGGUGUACAACAGGCUCUCUGGAGGCGGUUUGUAACUGUGGUCACAAAAAUCAAUGUUCUGGGAGAACAGGAAGCAGCUCCAUUUUUGGGGGCCCUUUACACAGCUCAAGGUCUGGGUCCCAGGGUCCACCUUCAUGUUCCACCAAUGAUUUUGUUCACAGGUAGUGAAGUGUGUCUGUGGGGGAUGUCCUGAUGUGUGAAAGGAAUGCAUUGUGUGAAUCUGUGUUUGUAUGUGUAAGGGCUGCAAGAUGAGUUUGUGUAUGUAUGGGAUGCAGUGUGUGCGUAAGGGGUGCAUUGCUUGUGUACGUGUGUCUGUGUGUAAUGCAUUGUGUGUUUUUCUGUGUGCAAGGGGUGCAUUGUGUGUGAUGGAUGUCAAUCUCUCCCCCUCCCCCCGUCAAUUUCCUUCUCCCCCCCUCUCCCUCCAAUUUCCUUCUUCUCCCCCUCCCUCUCCAAUUUCCUUCUUCUCCCCCUCCCUCUCCAAUUUACUUCUUCCCCCCCUCCAAUUUCCUUCUUUUCCCCCCUUCAAUUUCCUUCUUCUCCCCCUCCCUCUCAUUUCCUUCUCCCCCUCUCCAAUUUCCUUCCUUCUCCCCUCCAAUUUCUUUCCUCUCCCCCAUCCCUCAAAUUUCCUUCCUCUCCCCCCGUCCCUCAAAUUUCCCUCCUCUCCCCCGUCCCUCAAAUUUUCUUCCUCUCCCCCCGUCCCUCAAAUUUCCUUCCUCUCCCUGCCUCAAAUUUCCUUCCUCCCCUCAGUUUCUUCAUCUCCCCCCUCCCCUCAAAUUUCUUCCUCUCUCCCCUCCCCUCCAAGUUUCAUUCAUUCCCCCCUCCCAUUUUCAUUUCCUUUCCCCUCCAUUUCUUCCCCUCCCCCCUCCCAUUUCAUUCAUUCCCCCUCCAUUUCAUUCCCUUUCCCCUCUCCCCAUUUCAUCCCCCCUCCCCCUCCCAUUUCAUUUCAUUCCCCCCCCAUUUCAUUCCUCCCCCCCUCCAUUUCUUCCCCCCCUCCCUCCCAUUUCAUUCAUUCCACCCUCCCAUUUCAUUCCUUCCCCCUCUCCAUUUAAUUCCCCCCCCUCCCUCCCAUUUCAUUUCAUUCCCCCCUGCCCAUUUCAUUCCUCCCACCCAUUCAUUCCUUCUCCCCCCCUCCCAUUUCAUUCAUUCCCCACCCCUCCCAUUUCAUUCAUUUCCCACCCUCCAUUUCAUUCAUUCCCCCCUCCCAUUUCUUCCCCCCCUCCCAUUUCAUUCCUUCCUCCCCCCCCCUCCAUUUAUUCAUUCCCCUGCCCAUUUCAUUCCUUCCCCCCCUCCCCUGCCCAUUUCAUUCUUCCCCCCUCCCAUUUCUUCCCCCCCUCCCCUCCCAUUUCAUUCUUCCCCCCCUCCAUUUUCUUCCCCCCCCCUCCCUCCCAUUUCAUUCCUUCCCCAUUUCAUUCCUUCCCCCCCCUCCCAUUUUCCUUCCUCCCCCUCCCAUUUCAUUUCCUUUCCCCCCCCUCCCCAUUCCAUUCCUUUCCCUCCAUUCCUUUCCCCCCUUCCCAUUUCAAAUUCCUUCCCCCCCUCCAUUCUUUCCCCCUUCCAUUUCAUUCCUUUCUCCCUCCCAUUUCAUUCAUUCCCCCCCUCAAAUUUCAUUUCUUCCCCCUCCCUCAAAUUUCAUUCCUCCUCCCUCCCCCCCUGACACCCGGCGGCGGCGGGCGGGCAGGCGCGCGAGGGAGCACUCUCUGUGUGCUUCCUCUUCAGCUCCCUCGCGCACCGUACUGAUGCCGGAGCCGGAAGAUGACGUCAUCUUCCGGCUCGGCAUCAGUACUGUGCGCGAGGGAGCUGAAGAGGAAGCACACAGAGAGUGCUCCCUCGUGCGCCCGCCCGCCGGGUGUCAGCAGGGCCAGCCUUGGGGGGGCCCUGAGGUGACCGGCUGCUGGGCCCCCCAGGAGAAGAGGCUGGCCCUGUGGGUACAUACCGGGGUCGCAGGGCCCCCUGCGACCCGGUAUGUACCCACUGAAUGUGGGGCCCGGACGACCUGAGCAGUCCGUGCCCCCCAGGACCGCCGGGCCCAUGACAACCGUUGCGGUUGUCAUGCCCUGAUGGCGGCCCUGCCCCCGUAUGUACCUUUGCCAGGACAUGUACCGUAUGUACCUUUGCCAGUGGACAUCGGAGGGGCACAUUUGGGACACAGCCAUUCCAGUUUUUUUUCAACCUUUUAAUUUUUACGCUGUGCCCAUGUCCCAUUUUAGAGUAUUUUACCAGGCUAUAUAAUCCAAAUAACCCAUAAAGCCAUACCAUUUCUUAAAGAAGACAUCACAAGGUAUUUCAAAAGGCAUAUUUUGAACCUUAGCGUGGGAUCAUUUUUCCGCUAGCUUGUACCAAGUGUAGUGGUAAUAAGCAUUUUUUCUGCUUUUUGACACACAAAGUGAGUUUGCACAGUAUAUUUUGCAAACCUUAUGUGUGCUACGACUGUAUAAUACUUCAUAUGUUGCUCAGCUAUGUGGUCUGAGUACAGCAAUACCCCCGUAUGUACCUUUGCCAAGUAUAUGUGGAUGUUGAAGGGGCACAUUUGAGACGCAGCCAUUCAGUUUUUUUCUAACUUUGAAGUUUUACGCUGUGUCCAUGUUCCAAUUUGGAGUAGUUUAGAUGGUUGGUUAUUGAAACUUCCCCACAAACACAUACUAUUUAUUAAAGAAUACACCCUGAGGUAAUUCAAAAGGCAUAUUUUGAACCUUGGCGUGGGAUCAUUUUUUUUCUAGUUUGUUCCAGGUGUAGUAGUAAUGAGCAUUUUUAAAUGUAUUUUUUUACUUUUUGAAACUUUUUUUUACUUUUAAAAACUAGUUUUUAAAUUUUUGUUUUGCUUAUUAAUUUUUUUUAAAUUUCCUAAACUUUCUUAAAACUUUUUACAGAUUUAACAUUUUUCUAAGCUUUUUUUUUUUUUACCAUUAACCCCUAACUAGCAGUAAGCAGCACUAACAGUAAAUUCCCCAUUUUCCCAUAACUCCCACCCACGCUAGCAAAAUAUAUAAUUAUAAAAUAUUUAAAUUAGUAAAUGAAAUAAAUUGAACCCCUGAGGGUUAAAAAAUAAAUAAAAGUUAAUCGUCAGGGGUUAAAAAAAAUUAGAUCGCAAUAUAAUACUGUGAUCUGUAUUUUGAUCACUGUAGGCAGUGAUCGACUGGCAGGGAAGGGGUUAAUUUUUAUUUGGACUGACUAAAGAGGGGUGUUUUUUUUUUUUUUACUUUUUUUUUACUUAAUUUUGAACUUUUUAAAGCUUAUUUUAAAACUUUUUUAUUUUUAACGUUAGCCUAACACCAAAUCCCCCCAAUUCCCCACUAACUUCCACCCACCCCAGCUAGCUAAAUUUAUUAUUUUUAAAUACUUAAAUUAAUUAAUAAAAUAAAUUUAACCCCUGAGGGUUAAAAAAAAGAAGAAUUAACCCUCAGGGGUUAAAAAAAAAAUCAGAUCAUAGUAAAAUGUAAUCCCUGACAAUUGAUCACUUUAGUCAGUGAUCAAUUGGCAGGGAAGGGGUUAAUUUUUUAUUAAAAUGGGUAAAGGGGGUGGGAUUUUAAAUUAACUUUAUUUAUUUUUUUUACACGGGGCAGGAUCAUCACUGUUCCGGCUCCCUGCACUUCACACAUAACCAGGAAGUGCAGGGAGGUGGAAGGUAAGUAUACUAAGCACAUGUGCUCACUCUGACGAGCUGUCAGAGCGAGCACAUGUGCUGGGCAGUGAGAUCAGGUGCUCCCGGUCUGCCUCUAAUACAGAGGCAGACCGGAGCAUCAUUAACCCCGCGAUCUGGGGUUAAUUUUACCGCGUGACGGACAAGGUCCGUCACUCGUCGUUAAGGGUUUCCCCUGAGUGACGGACCUCGUCUGUCACUCGUCAUUAAGGGAUUAAUGCAGGUGUGGUGUAGCACCAAACUAUAUAAAUUAUGUACGCAUGCACAUAUAAACUCUGAUCCGUCUACUUUAACAAAUAUUUAUUCAGAGACAAAACAACAACAACAUACAAAUAAUGACACAUAAUCUAACUAAAACAAUAAUAACAACAAUCACAAUCUAACUUACUAAAAAUAACAAUUGAACCUUAUAAAGUCAUCAGAUCCCACUCACAUUUCACCAUGAUAAAAAUUAGCCCAUGUCUGCUCACACAGAAACACAAUCAAGAAGGAACAGGAGGAAUGGAGACAGGGAAAAGUGGUUAUCUCUUUCCUGCCUUGUAAAGUUAUUGAGUUACCUAAUUACCAUAUCAAAUGGUAAAGUUUAUCCCCCUGUAAGAAAGGCAUACAUAAGCUUGGUCACAUGACUCCUGGUCACCAUAUUAGUUUGGUGACAAAAUGUCACCACAGCAGGGUUUGUCGAGAUGCUGAUUGCGGGGUUGUUUGUGUGUGUGUGUGUGUGUGUGUUGGUGGAUGCUGCUUGUGGGGUUGUGUAUGUGAUGGAAGCUGCUUGUAGGUUUGCAUGCAUGGGAUAGAUGCUGCUUGUUUGAUUGUAGGUUGUGUGUGGAUGGGGCUGCUUGUGGUGUGGUAUGUGUGUGGGCAUGUAAACAGGGGCUGUUUGUGGAUAGAGGUUGAAGAGUGUGUGUUAAGGGAAAUAGUGGAUGAAGUGUGUGUAUUUGGUAGGAUAGGGCCCUUUUGUGUGUUUGUUGUUGUGGAUGGGGCAUGGACAUGGUGGGGGAUAGCGGCCAUGGUCGAGGGACAGGGACCGUGGUGAGAAAACAGGGGAUGUAGUGGGAGGAUAUGGCCUGUAGUGAGGGGGAUAUUGGCUGUGGUUGGUGGAUAGGGGCUGUGGUGGGUGGAUAGUGGCAGUAGUGGGGAUACAGGGGCAUUAGUGGAGGGACAGUUGCUGUUGUGGGGUGUAUUAGCUGUUGAGGUGGGGUAGGCGCUGUAGUGGGGGGAAUAGUGGCUGUAUUGGGAGGACAGGGACUGUGGUGGGGGGAAAUAGCUGUUUUGGUAGCAUAAGGACUGUGGGGAGAUAGGAGCUAUAGUCGGAGGACAGGGGCCAUGAUGGUGUAUAUGAUCUGUAGUAGGGCAAGAGUGGCUGUAGCAGGUACAUACACAGUUGUAGAGGGAGUACAGGAGCUCUGGUGAGGAUAUAGGGCUGUGAUAGGGAAUAGUGGCUAUAAUGAUUGAUAGGAUAGGGGCUGUAGUGGGGACACACAUACUAACACACUCACAUUCAUACACACAGGAACAUUCAUGCGCACACGCUCACAUUCAUAUACUUAUAUUCAUAAUUACACACUCAAAUUUGUAUAAACAUGCAGAGGCAUAUUCAAAUACACUCACAUUCAUGUGCACACAUAUAUUCACACACAAUCAUAUAUACACACAUACUCAUAUUCGCAUCAUUCAUACACUCACACACAUUUUAAUUUUAUUUUUAAUCCCCCCUCCCCCAGGUAAGUGAACUCCUAUCUGGGGUAAAGAGGUACUGGGGAUGGAUAUAGCUGAGGGCCGAUGUGGCUAGAGCAAAAUGUACUGGAUCGGUAUUUGGAUAAGGGAGCUGAAUUGGGGAAACUUGUCUGGAGGAGAUUAAUUAGAGGAUUAAGACUGGAGAUAUGAAUUUAGAGAAUGUGGUUGGCAAGUAUAAAUUGUGUUAAUAUGCCUGGUAAGACAAACUGGAAACAGGUCAUUGGGAUAUUAUGAGAAUAUGAGGAGUCCUUUAAUCAGGAUGUGGGGGGUGGAGGGGGGAAGUAGGGAUGUAGUAAAAGCUGCAUAUUAACUAAAGCAAGAGAGAUGCAAAAUAGAUUGUUUUUACAUGGUAGCAUAACCCUAAUAUAUGUGACAUGUAUAUGGUCAAUGGUUCAAAAGUUUUCUGACUCUUCAGAUAUACAUUUUUAAAAUGGUCAAAUAUCCUAUUUGAUAAUUUUUAUGAGGGACCCAACAUCAUUUGUAGAAAUUGAGCUUCCUAAAAAUGCAUUGUGAAUGUAAAAAAUAAAAUGUUUGAAUGUGGACAUGAAGCAAACAUAUUGUGAGUGCAGUUAUACCAAUUAUCAUCAUAGAAUCCCUGGUAGCGCACUCAGUAUGCUCAAGGCCCUUCUUCCUUCCCACUUCUCGGUGGCUAUUAUACAACCAUGAAGUGUUUUGUUUAUUUGUUUUGCUUGUUUGAGAUUUGCAAAAAUAGAGCAUUCAGAAAAAAAGAGGUUUAACCGUAAGCAAAUAAACACUUUAAGAAAUUAAAAUGAUGUAAUCCAUAUUUCAGCCCUAUUUGUUAGAUGAAAGAGUUCGGAUUUGGAUAUUGACUGGAUACGGAGCACAAUAGAGAGGUCGGAAUGGAAGGGGAAACCGAGACAACGAACAUAGAGGGUACUGUUAAUGGUUGCAAAAUUAAAAUGAAGGCAUACUGAUAGUGGAACUUAAACACUUACAUGAAGGGGAGAAAAUUGUAAGUUCGGUUUUAAGAGGCAGAGUUUUAAAAAACUUUAUUAGUGACAUGACCAGAAGAAAAAAAAAACACGUACCCAUAAUUAUUAUGUCAUUCUACGUCAUCUAUUAAUACUGAAUACAUUGUAUCCAUUUGUAAUGAAAUAAAAAUUAAGAUAUAAUACCUUUCUGGGCAAGUCAUACAGCCUCAACGAUACUUCGGACAGACUUUACUCAUUAAGGCUGUUAUUCUGGAUCUUCAGAAGAAAAACAGGCUUUGAUGAAGCAAGGAGGUUCUCUAGAAACAUUUUUUCAUAUAAGAUUUGGAUCUAACCGGCAAAGAACUACUAGUGGGACAGUAGUUUGUCCAGUAGAUCAUGUAUAUUUUAAUACCAUAAUAACAAUCUAACAACGUUAUAUGUAGUUAUUUUAUUUAUUUUUUGUAAAAAUCUGUAAGUCUUCUGGAGAUACUGUCCAGGUAAUGCCUUUAUUAAUCUAUACAGUCGUGUUAUGUAAACCGUAUCACAGCUAGAAGUCUGAGUAUAGAGGAUCAAUAGGGCAGGUUUCAUCUGAUUAGCAACUCUCAAGAACUGGGCCAUAAAUCAGAGUAGUUACUUCUUAUAUAGAAGCACGCAAGUUAUAUAUGUACUAUAUUUUAAUAUAUUGCUGGCAUAUAUUUGCUCGAAAUAACUAACAUGAUAUUAUUUAAACAGCAACCACCCCUCCCUGAAAUCUGUAAUAAUUUUGUUUACUCAUAUUUAAGUAUUUAUGAGAUAUGAAAAAUAACAUUAAAGGAACACUGGACCAGUAUUCCUAACACAUUUCUAGUGCCCCUGUCUUUAGUUAGAUAGAACCUUAGAACCUCCCCUCCGCCCUCUCUACAAUAGAAAUUGGUAAAAAAAAAAAAAAAAGUUUCACUUUUUACUCUGCCACCGUAUUCGCCUCCCACAACGUCAUCGAGAAGACUGUGCUUCCUUUUUGCUGGUACAAUCCAAAGCUCCUUAUAGGGAAGCAUUCUGCAUACUGAACACUACAUACACAGUGACUAGAUGAGAGGUUUUUUUUGUUUGUUUUUUGUAGUUUAUUAGAUUUCGUACAAACGGUAUACAACUGUACCAAUAUAUGUUACAAGGAAACAAACAGGUCACGAAUAAUUCGAGACUCGGAGCAAUGCAACAUUUAGCUGAAAGUUUAACCUUUGCAGGUAAGCUUUGCCGUUUCUCCAAAAAGACAAUGUUUAAAACUGCAGGACAAAUGCACCCAGUCCAUUUCAUUGUCCUAUUUAUCUUGCAACUGGGUGCCGCCAUCUUAGUUCUCGGUUACUUAUUAACAUAAGCUGUGUAGUUUGUAACCGAAAGGCAGCAUAGAGAAAGCAUACAGAAAAGAGGAGAAAUUAAAGGAUUUGCCUUAUCCGAGCUGGAUUGUGACGUACUUUCCUAAUUCUUUAAUAUAAAUUUAAAUAGAAAAAGCAUCACAUGAAAAAAAGUUAACACGAGUUAUAGGUGAAUUAAAAUUUGUAUUAAAUGGUGUAAAUUCUAGAGAAGGGACAGUCCACCAUUAAGCUUGAUAAAGACCAAUUAAUAGGUCAAAACGUUGCUUUGCUUUCUUGAGCCAAUAAAUCUGCCUGUGGCUUUAAUUCUGUGAGUGCCUGAAGAUUGUGUUUUAUUUAUUUACUUAUUUAUUUUAGAUGGAGUAAUCCAAACUCCUAAACACAUCAUAUGUAAACCAGGAGAGUCGAUUUCUAUUACCUGCUUAGUCGAAUCCCAAGAAGAACUAGAGGGCGUUCAUUUCAAAAAGGGAGACGCAGUGUUGGUGUUUAUUUAUAAGGACAACACAAAUAUCUCAGAUCUAAACUAUGCGGGUCAUCUUGAGUUUUAUGGCACAGCGUCAAAUUUCACAGUAACUCUCAACAAUGUGACGCAGAGUGAUGCUGAUGUAUAUUACUGUGAAGGAUUAACAAGCAAAAAAAUCUGCGGAAAAGGCACUGUAGUCACAGUAGAUAAUUGCCAAGGUAAGUCCGAAUUUCACCUGUUUUGUUCAAUGUAACAGUUGUUUUUAUAGUGAGUUAAGAUACUGUGCUGUGGAAUGGAAUCUACGGUAUUUGGUCAGUUAUUAGUUCAGACAUUAUCUAAAUGAAAAGAUUCUAUCAGGGUUAUUUGCUGAAGUGGGAAUGCAAAGUGAAUUUCAAAUUUAGGGAUAUCCUAAGCACCAAAACAAAUUUUUGUUUAUCUUUUGAGAAGUUUUCGUGUAUAGAUCAUGCCCCUGCAGUAUCACUGCUCAGUUCUCAGGUCAUUUUAGGAGUUAACUCUCUCACCACACCUCCCCUGGCUGUUACUCACACAAUCUCCAUGAAAGAAAUUGUUUCAUUUUCAAAUCAAAUCUUACAGUUCUUACCUGCUCUAUUAAUUGAACUUUAAUCACACACAGGAGGCUCCUGCAAGCUCUAUCUGGCUAUUAACAGAGCAGGAGAUACAUUCAAAAUGAAACAAAGAUGCAAAAAAAAUAAUAAUUUUAAAUAUUUAGUUUGUUGAAGUGGUUACAGUGCCACACUCCUUCCUCUGCAGCCUUUUGCCAGCCUUGGUAGACAGCCACUAGAGGUGGAGUUAACCCUGAGAGAUAAUUAUUGCAGUUUCUCAGAAACUGCAAUAAUUAUCCCUGUAGGGUUAAGGGACAUGGGACAUUGCAUCCAGACCACUCCAGUGAGCUGAAGUGGUAUGGGUGCCUAUAGGCAGGGGCGUAUUAGCCGCGAGGCAAACAAGGCAUUUGCCUUGGGCGGCAUUUUCCAGGGGGCGGCAAAAAACGCCGCCCCCAAAUGCCCAGGGCAAAUGCCUAGUUAGCCUCGCGGCUAACUGACAUGCCGGGCGCUGGGGGCUGGGCAGGCGGCUGGCUGGCUGGCUGGCGAGGGAGCUCUUCCCCUGAGCGGUCUGCUCAGCUCCCUCGCUUGGCGCACAGUGAGGCUGGGAGCCGGAAGAUGACGUCAUAUCACCAGUUCUCUCGCCAGCCGCGCGCCCAGCCCAGCAGCCACUGGACCACCAGGGAGAGAGGGAACCCCCCCCAGCAUUCCCAAAGGUAAGGAGGUUGGGUAAAUAAAAAUGUGUUAAUGUGAGUGUGUGUAUAUGUCUGUGAGUGUGUCUGUUAAUGUGUGUGUUUUGUUAGUGUGUGUGUGUGCCUGACUGUGUGAGUGUGAGUGUGUGUCUGCUAGUGAGUGAGUGUGUGUCUGUUAGUGUGUGUCUGACUGUGUGUCAGUGAGUGUGUUUGCCUGUGAGUGUGUGUGUAUGUGUGUGUCUGUUAGUGUGAGUGUGUCUGCCUGUGAGUGUGUGUGUGUGUGUGUGUGUGUCAGUGAGUGUGUCUGACUGUGUGAGUGUGAGUGUGUCUGCUAGUGUGUGUCUGCUAGUGAGUGUGUGUGUCUGUUAGUGUGUGUGUCUGACUGUGUUUGUCUGUUAGUGUGUAUGUGUGUGUCUGACUGUGUGUCAGUGAGUGUGUGUGUGUCUGACUGUGUGUGUGUCUGACUGUGUGUGUGUCUGUUAGUGUGUGUCUGUUAGUGUGAGUGUGUUUGCCUGUGAGUGUGUGUGUCAGUGAAUGUGUGUCUGUUAGUGAGUGUGAGUGUGUCUGUUAGUGUGUGUGUGUGUGUGUUUCUGUUAGCUAGUGUAUGUGUAUCUGUCAGUGAAUGUGUGUGUGUGUAUUUAGAAGGCGGGGCGGGGAGAAGGGUUGGGGGGGCUGGCGUGGGAGGGGCUGGCGGGGGGUGCCUGAGUUUUGUCCUGCCUAGGGCAGCACAAAACCAGGAUACACCGCUGCCUAUAGGGUCCCUUUAAUUUCAAAGUUUGAUUUCCUUUCCUUUCUACUGUGGGGAGUUAAUGGUACCAUGUUUAUAUUAGCCAGGAAAAGACAAUUACAGCAAGUAUAACAAUUUUUUUUAAAUUUUAAAAAAUUGCAAUAGGCUUUCAUCAAAAAACUAAGUCAAACAGGAUUGCAUCAUAUAACACCUUACACUAAACAGAACUUUGACAGCAUCAUACAGAAAGUGUGUAAGGGUAAAAUGAAAGUGAAGAGACACAUAUUGUAUGUUAAACAAUAAGCAUUUUUCUCUCUUUUAGAACACAGCUCAUCAGCAAGUUUUGACCCUAGACUGAUUGGCCUAAUGUUCCUAGUUGUUAUAUCCGUUUUAGUGCAUAUAAUAUUAAUCAUUUAUGUAAGUAUUGCAACUGCUUUUUUUUCCCCCGAUUAAAUAUCUAAAUAAUUGUAAAUGUUAGAAUGGGGGUCAUGUGUGGUGUAGUUAUGGUCUGGGCUCUUAGACACAGAAUUUAUACACCCCAUCUUCCAAUGUAUACCAGUUGUUGAAGACCGUGAGCAUAAUUUGUGCAAAGUCUUAUCCAGAUCCCUAUUACAUGCUACCUCUAUGAUGUGCACUAAAUUACAGGAACAUGGACAUGAGGGAAAAGGACCUCUGCCAGGCACAUAUCUCCAUCUUUCCUGUGCAUCUCUAACAGAUUGGACCUCUUCCCUUAUUCCCACGAGAGUUAGAUGAUCUAUACAAUUCUUCUGCUGCCUCUUCUGCACUUGUUUAUGACAGUACUAAUGAGAAAUUAUUAUAUUAAAUAGCUUAUAUUAGUAUAUAACAGGACAGGAAACUAGUCUCCAAAAUGUUUUAAUGUCCCACCUUAGCCCAUCAUUGUAGCUAACAUUUCAUAUCUAGAACAUCCAUAUAAGUAGUGCUCCAACACUGCAGUUUUAUUGAGGAUCCACGGCAAACAGCGAUGUUUUAGUCUUGGAACAUACCUUUAUCAAGCUUGAUAAAAGUCUAUACUAAGGGCGAAACGUUGUUGUUUGCUGUGGAAUCUCAAUACAAUUGAAGUGCUCUUUAUGUGUAAUGCUGUGGUGGGCCACUACAUUUUUGGAUUACUAUUGUGUACCGAAUGGCAGAACCAGGGUUAUCUUGCACCCGAGAGUGAGUAUUUUUAUUUAGUGAGUAUUUUUAUUUAUUUUUUGCAUAUCUAGGAUUUUAACACCAAAAAGAUUUGUAUGCAAACUGGAAAAGUCUAUGCUAUUUUAGAAGGCUUGAAGUAUGGACUGUCACUGAGAAAUAUUGGCAAAGGGUUAGAUGGGUAGUUGUCUACUUGGCUGCUCUGACUUGAGAAAUCUCAUGCUUAAGGAAUAUAAUGCAAUCUUGCCAGAAUGGACAUCGAUAUCAAGAGAUGUAUUUUAUAUAACACUAUGGAACUAAAACGUUAAAAGAACUCUCGGGUCGCCAAUACAACUUAAAGCAAAGCCAGUUUUCGGUCUUCCUGGGACAGUAAUUCUGUCUCGGUUAUUCCAAUCCUGAGUUACAGCCUACUUAUAAAACAAAUACUACAAUACGCAGUAACUAUAAAAGUGCUGAAAUUUUUUUUUCCAUUUUUUUUUAUUUUUAAUAUAAAUCACAAAGUUUAUCCUGUCUAGCAAUCAGAGAAGAUAACCUUAAAUAAUCACUAUAGGGUCAGGAACACAAACAUGUAUUCCAGACCCUAUAGUGUUAAAACCACCAUCUAGCCCCUCAUGCCUCCAUAAAUAUAGCAAAAUCUUACUGUAUUCAAGCCUGAAGCUGUAACUCUGCAUGCUGUUUGCUUCAGAAAAACAAGCAGUCUGCUGACAUCAUCAGAAGUGGUAGACGGAUCCAAUCACAAUGUUUCCCCAUAGGAUUGGCUGGGACUGACAAAGAGGCAGAUCAGGGGCAGCGCCAGCAUGAUUCAAACACAGCCCUGGCCAAUCAGCAUCUUCUUCUAGAGAUGAAUUGAAUCAAUGAAUCUCUAUGAGGAAACUUCAGUGUCUGCAUGCAGAGGGAGGAGACACUGGAUGUUUGGAUGCAUUUUAGGCAGCCAUGGCGCAGGAAGGAUCUCUAACAGCCAUCUGAGGAGUGGCCAGUGAAGUUAUAACUAGGCUGUAAUGUAAACACUGCAUUUUCUCUGAAAAGACAGUGUUUACAGCAAAAAGCCUGAAGGUAAUGAUUCUACUCACCAGAACAAAUUCAAUAAGCUGUAGUUGUCCUGGUGACUAUAGUGUCCCUUUAAUGAAAAUAUUUCACACUGUAUUUUAUUACGGUUUUGUUUGGUUUGUUGUGGAAUCUGUAUAUUUCUUGGGUAAAUUCUGCUGCUACAACUUAAAUAAAAAAAAAACUCUUCUCUUCGUUAUAAUAAACAGCAAAGAAGAAAAUGCCGCAAUCAUGUGAUCAGAGCACCACUGAACACAGUAUAUGAGGAUAUGACGCAGACCAUACGUCGUAACACAAUGGGCAACAACAACUGUUAUGCCAACCCUCGAGGAAUUACUCGAGACCAAGGAUUUUGGAACAUAGCUUAAGAUAUUGCAUCUAUCAGUGCAAUCUAUUAAAGUAGGAAUUGUUGGGAUUUCAAAGUUAAACUUAACAAAUUUCCAAUUAUAGCUAUCAAUUAAUGUCAGUACUUAACAAAUGAACUCAACAGUGUGUGUAGUGUUUGUAGUUUCAAGGUCUCUUUCUCUCUUAAUUAUAGCUACUGAUUACAGGUAGUUAAAGGGACACUGUACCACUUCACCUUUUCGAAAAUUUGGCUAGGCCAUACCACCAAUGGCGCUCAUGUGGGUGUCCAGGGAUCCUCAUUCAGUGUUAAAAAUGGACGGAGGCAUAACGCCAAGGAACUGUCUUUAAUAAGAUGAAAUAGUACCUACCGUUAAGAGAAAUAAAAAUGAUUUCAAUUGGCUAGGUUGUACUCAAUUUUAAUUUGCAUUGAUUCAGAAGAAACAAAUUAGUUUUUUUUAUUUUAAUUUACAUUUGUAUAGUCUUAACUGUUCUCUGGUGGUUUUUUUUUUAUUCAAAUACUUUUAAAUACAAUCUCUAAUUCACCUUUAUUUUAAACUGUGCCAAAUCCCUAGUCGUUCCUCUGGUCUGUACGUCUUCCUUUGCAGCCUCCCUCCCCCCCCCCCAUUAAUCUCUCAGCAUCAGACAUUAAAGAAUGUCACAGAUAGACUGCUAAAUAGGUCAAAAACAAAAACCUGCCUGCAUUAGUAGAAUUGGUGCAGAUAAAUAAGACCACAGGCAUGGUCAAUGAUGUUGGUCACUUGUGCUCAUAAUUCAAAUACAUGCAUUAAUUGUUUCAUGACCACAAAAGUGGGUUUCUUAAUGAGUUACAUAUUAGACAUUGGUGGACUAAAAUUGCUACAAUCUCUAUUCUUACACAGUUACCUAUUAUAAAGUUGUUAAAGAUAGAGCAAUGGUGUAAUUACUGUACAGUUUAUAUUGUGUUAUGUCUAUGUGUAAAUAAUAAAA